GGCGGCCACAACUUGCCGUUUGUUCUCCAUCUUUUCAUGGCUUCCCAUGCUACCCAUGACAUCCCAACUGCUGUAUGGCCUGCCUAGACCUUCUGGCCCACUGUCAAUAAGCAGAUCGACGCAAGAUUCUAAACUCUCUUGACCCGUGCUCUGGUUGACUUACCACAUCCACGCCCCUGUCGUAGCUUGCUCAUUAUCCCUCUUUUUCUCUUCUAACCUGUCAGUCAAUAAAUAAAUGCGAGCCUCUUCUAUUGUUCCGCAAGUGGGGUCAUUGUUUCUUCUGGCUGCAUCAUUCCUAUACAUAUCUACUCUCAUCUUUAGCAUUGAAUUGUGACGGUUGUCUGACCGUCGAUAUCUGAUUUUGUUAUCCCUACGCUCCUCCAUCAAAUCUAUAGUUAUCGUCCUAUUCUCCUAGGUCAUUUUGCAGCGAUUUCCCUGCAUAUCUCUCCCCUUACACCUACAUACCAUAUCGCCCGAGAGUCGUCUGCACAACCACAAUGCGAGGACUGGGAAUUCUGGCCCUCGCCCCUCUAGCGGCUGCAAAAGCUCUGCAUUCGCGACAGACCGCAUGCAACAAUUCACCGUCACUGUGCUCCAAAUCCUAUGGUGAGAUUACUCAUCUAGGCGCACAUGAUAGUCCGUUUCUCCGGGAUGCAUCGACAGAUUACUCAACCUUUGGAGAUCAAUAUUACAACACGACCCUACAACUUGAGGCGGGCGUACGUCUCGUAACGGCGCAAGUGCACAAGUCAGAUUCGGAGUGGCACUUGUGUCAUACCAACUGUGACUAUCUAGAUGCAGGCAAGUUAAGCACAUGGCUAUCGGAGAUCAAAACAUGGUUGGACUCCAACCCCAAUGAUGUGGUCACGGUCCUGCUUGUCAACUCGGACGAUGCAACAGCAUCGGAUCUUCACUCGGAGUAUGAGACAGCGGGUAUUGGGAACUACACCUACACACCUACCUCACAGACCUCCGCGCCCAGCUCCUGGCCCACGCUACAGGAACUGAUCAACGACGGUACUCGGUUGUUGUCAUUUGUGGCAUCGCUAGACGCCUCGAACAAUACGGUGGCUCCAUACCUGAUGGAUGAGUUCACUUACCUUUGGGAGAACCCCUACGAUGUGACCUCGGCGUCAAAUUUCUCUUGUACACCCGACCGUCCAACGACCGUUAAAAAUGACUUGUCUGCUGCACUUUCUUCGAACCGGCUUCCCUUUAUGAAUCACUUUCUUUACCAGACCACCAUUCUCGACAUUGAGUACCCAAAUGUCAGCUAUGUGGGCACGACCAAUGCCCCUUCCGGCGGCACGGGCAAUCUCGGCGAUACUGCGAAGAAAUGUAAGAGUGACUACAACGGCCGUCAACCGACAUUUAUCCUGGUGGACUUCUUCAACAAGGGACCCGCCAUUUCAACUGUGGACAGUCUGAACAAUGUCACCGACGCCACCGGACGCGCCAACCUCACAUCGACUACUCAAACGAGCUCCGCCUCCACGUACUCAAAUGUGUUCAAGGGACUGGUAGAAACGGUUCAAAAGGCAAUGGACGGGGCGAAUCCCAGCAUGGGAGAAUGGAUCUGGGCCGGCGGGGACUGGGGCAGCUUGUUGGGCGGUGGGAUUGCUCUCUAAGUCUGUCGCGCGCUUCUUCCCCUCUGCCUUCUUCUUCGGUUGUCUUUUCCAUUCUUUGUCCUUGCGCAUUAGCAGCAUUGCAGUUCUCUCAUUGGCAUGCAUAAGUUCAAGCUCGGCGCUCCUCAAUCUUUGUGAUAUCUGGAUGAUUUUCAUGACGCUCCUUCGCUUUAUGAUAGUUGACAUUUUACUGCACAUAGAGACGGCGUUCUUUGUGAGGGAUCUUAACGACUUGUCAUUCCUUGUACUUAUAUAUAUGAGAAUACCUUCCUUAUCCAUCCAUCGGUAU